GAAGUCAAGGCUAGGGACAAUACUUAUAUCAACUCAGGUCUCUGGAUUGCCUUUGGCAUAAUAGGAGUUACAGUAUUGGUGUUUCUUGUCGCUCUAGCAUUAUUUGUCACAAGAAUGAGAAGUGUUCCAUCAGUACAACAUGAGUCUGAUUCACCUUCACUGAAGAUAACUUUGAAGGAUGUUUAUGCAGCAACAGACAAUCUCAGUGCUUCAAAUUUCAUAGGCCAAGGCAUAGCCGGAAAAGUGUACAAAGGUGUACUCUCCAACAAUCAAUCUGUUGCAGUGAAGCAUAUCACCAAUGAAUGUUACAUUGAGACAUUUGUCAGAGAAGUGAGAAGCCUUUCUCAUGUUAGACAUCACAACUUAGUAGCUUUGCUGGGAUACUGUGAAAGUGAAGCUGAAUGUUUUCUAGUGUAUGAGUUAUGCCACAAUGGAAACCUCUCAGAAUGGCUAUUCGGAAAUGGUAAAGUUCUUUCAUGGAUUCAAAGACUAGAAAUUGCCAUUGAUAGUGCAAGAGGCCUUGAGUUUCUCCACACCUACCCAAAUGGCUGCAUCGUUCACCGUGAUAUAAAGCCAUCAAACAUUCUUAUUGAUACUAACUUCCAAGCAAAGCUUUCAGACUUUGGAUUGUCCAGGGUUAUGGACUUGGGUCAAUCCUAUGUGAGCUCAGAAGUAAGAGGAACAUUUGGUUAUAUUGAUCCUGAAUAUAGGGCAAAUCACCAUGUAAAAGCCUCAGGAGAUGUCUACAGCUUUGGAAUAAUGUUGUUGCAACUUCUAUCAGGACAAAGGAUCCUCAACAUUGAUUUCGAGAGACCAAUGUCUCUGGGUAAAAUGGCCAGAGAUGUUGUUAGAGGUGGUGAUAUUUCAGAAUUUGCUGAUCCUAAACUCGAAGGAAAGUACUCAGUUGAAGCAUUUGACAUCGUACUAAAGCUAGCUUUGUCUUGCAUAGGGCUCAAGCGCCAAAGGCCUUCUAUAGGUCAAGUGUUAUAUAGCUUACAAAAGACACUAGAUAUUUCUUUAUAAUGUAAAAUGUCCUCAAGAGUUUAUA